AUGGUCUCGUCCUCCCUCUUUUUGGGGGGCCUCGCGCUUCUCAUCACAAAUACAGCAGCCCAAUCCUGCUGGCGCAACGCAACCUGCACCCACCCAACAGAAGCCUCUUUCCCAGGCCCCUGGGAUGCAAACAUCUACGCCCCAGACUCCCGCACAGCCCGCCCAAAGUCCAUCCUCUCCCUCGCGACGGGCGACCGUCUCGCCUCUUUCCCCUCUCCCGAGUCCCAAACCCUCAGCGGCAAUGGCUCCGCGCUCGUCUUUGACUUUGGCGUCCUCGUCGGCGGCCUCACCUCGGUGAACUACACCCUCUCCAGCACCAGCACCAGCAACACCACCGAGCCCGUAACCCUCGGCCUCGCCUGGACGGAAGCAAAGAACUGGAUCGGCGAGUACUCGGACAACUCCAACGGAAACUACCGCGGCCCGGGCCAGACCCUCAUCUCCGUCGACGGCGCCCUCUUCCACCAAAUCACCGUCGCCGGCCCGGGCUCCUACACCGUCCCCUUCCCCCAGCUCCGCGGCGGCUUUCGAUACCUCACCCUCUACCUCAUGACAAACACCACAACCACCCCGUCACAGACGCUCCUCACAGUCAACGACGUCUCCCUCGAAAUCGUCUUCCAACCAACCUGGUCAAACCUCCGCGCCUACCAAGGCUACUUCCACUCCUCCCAGGACCUCCUCAACAAAAUCUGGUACUCGGGAGCCUACACCCUCCAAACCAACGCCGCACCGCCCGAAACAGGCCGCGUCCUCACAGAAGACAUCACGUCCGGCGGCUGGUCCAACGACGCCUGGCUCGGCGUCGGCUCCUCCCUCCUGUUGGACGGCGCCAAACGCGACCGCUGGAUCUGGCCGGGUGACAUGGGCGUCGCCGUCCCCUCCGCCUUCGUCAGCACCGGCGACCUCGAGUCCGCGCGCAACGCCAUCCAGACAAUGUUUGACUUCCAGCGGGACUCGGGCAUCUUCCCCCGCGCGGGGCCGCCGUAUCUGGACGCCACGAGCGAUGCGUAUCACAUGUGGACCAUGAUUGGCGCGUACAAUUACGUGCUGUUCUCCGGGGAUACGGACUGGCUGGCGGCGAAUUGGGCGACAUACCUCAAAGCGAUGGACUACAUUUACGGGAAGAUCAUACCUGAGACGGGGAUCCUAAAUGCCACGGCCGCGGGUGACUGGGCCCGGUACGUCAACUCGCUGAACGGUAGUGCGCCGAACAUGCUUCUCUACCGCACCCUCACCACCGGCGCCGUUCUCGCGGAUCUCGCUCCCGGCGGAAAAAACCUCACAGAAACCUGGCUCGCCCGCGCAGACGCACUCAAGAAAGCAAUCUUCACCCACCUCUGGGACCCCUCAAAAGGAGCCUUCAUCGACGGCUACAAAAACCGCACCCUCUACCCCCAAGACGCAAACGCCUACGCCCUAGCCUUCAACCUCGUCUCCCCCUCCAGCCCCGAAGCCGCCUCCAUCUCAACAGCCCUGACCCAAAACUGGACCCCCAUCGGCCCUGCCUCCCCCGAGCUGCCGGGUAACAUCUCCCCCUUCAUCUCCAGCAUCGAAAUCGAAGCGCACUUCGCCGCAGGCCGCCCCGAUCGCGCGAUGCAGCUCAUUCGCGACAGCUGGGGCUGGUACCUGAACCAUCCCAACGGCACGGGAUCGACCGUGAUCGAGGGGUACCUCGUCGACGGCACCUUUGGGUACCGCAGCGGCCGGGGGUACACGAAUGAUCCGAGCUACGUGAGCCACGCGCACGGGUGGAGUUCGGGCCCGACGAGCGCGAUGACGGAGUACCUCGUCGGGCUUCGCGUCACGGCGCCCGCGGGCCGGGAGUGGAGUCUGAAGCCCGCUUCGUUCGGCGGCGAGGCGGAGGGGUUGCCGGCACAGGCGGAGGCCGGGUUCACGACGGCGCUGGGGCGGUUUAGCGCCAAGUGGGCCGUUGAGGAGGGCGGUGGCUUUGCGAGCGUGGAGUGGGAUGUGCCCGAGGGCACGAGGGGGUGGGUGCAGCUCGGGUCCGAGGAGGGACGGUGGGUUGAGGGCGGGAAAGGAAGCACGAGAGUCGCGUGUGGAGGAGGGGCCGGAGGCUCGGGGGAGGAGACGCGCGGCCUCCGGGCUGUGAUGGAGUGA